AGAGGAGCACGCGAGCAGUUUCCAUUUCCGGCCAUCCAACCCUGACGCAGUUCGAAAGCCCCCUCACCUCCAUUCCCUCCAUGGCGGCCACUCUCCUUUACUCCCCAUCCUCCCCCAACCAUGGCAUUGACACCCACAGGCCACCAUAAAGAUCCCCACCACCACGGCUUGCUGCUCCCAAGCGUCCAGAGGAGAGGAGAAGAGGGGUCGAGCCUUGGGUUUUCUUGUUCAGAGGAGGUCGAGAUGGGGCGCGGCAAGAUCGAGAUCAAGAGGAUCGAGAACUCGUCCAACCGGCAGGUGACCUUCGCCAAGCGCCGGGCCGGGCUACUGAAGAAGGCGCGCGAGAUCGGCGUGCUCUGCGACGCCGAGGUCGGCGUCGUCAUCUUCUCCAGCGCCGGCAAGCUCUACGACUUCUGGACGCCCAAGACCACGCUGCCGAGGAUUCUGGAAAAGUACCAGACCAACUCCGGGAAGAUACUGUGGGACGAGAAGCACAAGAGCAUCAGCGCAGAGAUCGACAGGGUGAAGAAGGAGAACGACAACAUGCAGAUCGAGCUCAGGCACAUGAAAGGAGAGGAUAUAAACUCCCUGCAGCCCAAGGAGCUGAUCGCCAUCGAGGAGGCGCUCCAGAACGGCCAGACCAACCUGAGGGAGAAGAUGAUGGAUCACUGGAAGAUGCACAGGAGGACUGAGAAGAUGCUGGAGGAGGAGCACAAGCUGCUGGUUUUGAGGAUGCACCAGCAGGAAGUCGAGCUGAGCGGCGGCAUGAGGGAGAUGGACCUCGGGUACCAGCAGAGUAGGGAUCUUGCUGCCCAGAUGCCAUUCACCUUCCGGGUGCAGCCCAGCCAUCCCAACUUGCAGGAAGACAAGUAGGCCACUGAACCCUACCAGGGGCUGUAUGUACUGAAGCUCCUUUACCUGCAGGCUGCAACUGAUAGCUUGCAUUUCCUUCCGCAACCUUAGAUGUAUCUUCCUUUUCAUGUCUGCCUUGUGAACUUAAUGCCAGUUAUCUCAGGGCACAUUGCUUUAACUAGCAGAGUUGCUGUCCAUGUCAAGAUGUUCCUAGAAUCCUGGUCUUAGGACUGAAUAAUGUGGAGCUUGGUAUCACAUGCUUGUUUAGUUGCUGCC